AUGCGAAAAAGAAUGCAGGGCAAGGCAAAAGCUGCAGGGGGGAUAUGUGUACACCCCUGUAUCUCCACAACCAAUCAAAACCCACAUAUUUCGCAUCCCUUCUCCUCGCGCCAGAGAAUCCCGCACGCGACGUCGCAGGAUUCAGUGGCGUUUUAA